AUUGAUUUAUUGACCUCCUCUGAGCCUCUUUCCUCCUGUGAUAAAUGAGAGUGUGGAUGAGACAGCCUGCUAAGGCCUCCUCCUUUUCCAGUAUUCCACAGUUCUGCGGACAUGAGUGUAAGCCGUUAGAAAGUAUAUAUGUCAGUGUGUACACACACCACACAUACACACACGACAAAUAUACACAUACCACACAUACACACACACUUCACAUACACACAGACCACACACCUCAUAUACAUACACACCACACACCAUACACACCACGUAUACACACAUGCACACCAUGUAUACACACACACCACACACCAUACACACCACGCAUACACACACGCACACCAUGUAUACGGACACACCACAUGCACCACAUAUACACACACACAACACACAUACACACAAUGCCACAAACAUACAUACCACAAACACACAUAUACACCACAUAUACACAUCACACACACACCACAAACACACACAUACUACGCACAUGCACACCACAUAACACCAUAUAUCCACACCACACACAUACACACCACACGCCCCCCACAAACACGCAUACAUCACAAACACACCAAAUACUUCCCACUAUCCACACUGCACUACGCAUACACACCACACGCAUGACACACAUACACCCCACAGACACACCACACACAUGUAUACCACACAUACCACAGACAUACCACAUGCAUGCACACCACACACGCACACACCACACACAUACAAACCACACACAUACAUAUCACAUAUACACAUACACACCACACACAUAUUCACACACAAACACACACCCACUGAAAAGCUUAAGUGAAGGUGCGGCCCAAAUUUAUGAAUACCUGCACACAUUGUCCCAGUGGUGAUUCUGGUAAUUUCUGGCUUAAACCUAGCUGUCACACUAACUUCUGACUGUGAACCGGGGCUGUUUACAGUAAAUGGCCACGUGUGGAAUGGGCAGGUUUCAUGUCUGAAGCAGGGUGCUACUGGUGGGACUUUGGCUGUGUUGUGACUAACCACCUGUGUCUCCUCAGUGGACCAGCCUCCCCUGGAGCUGCACAGUCUCUCAUCACACUCCAUGGAGCCCAUGCUGGGGAGCAGCACAGCGCACAGCACCGCACAUGUGGCCUUAACAGAACCUGCUGUAGAGCCCCCGGGAAGCAGCUCUCCCCGUGUCGCAUCACCUCUGCCCACCAUCUCUUUUCAUAGCACCUUUUUUAAUCAAGGAGAAGUGGCCCAGAGUUCAGCAGAUCCCAGUGUCUUCGUGGUGAGUUAUGUGUCGGCGAGGAGCAACGAGGUGGUCCCAGAUGAUGACGAGAUGGAUAACUUUUUGCCAGAUGCCCACUGGACCACUUCACGGGCACUGCCUUCUGCACAGGACCUCACAGUCAGCCCCCUCGGGCUGCCAACAGACGCGCCAGGGACUGUGCCGACACCGUCCUUACCCCUUAUUUCUUUACACGACCAAGAGGUGGCAUCCGCCUGGCACCAUGCCACACAGCCGCCCCAGACAGAUGCCGAACCCCCCCAUCGUCCCCGCCUGUCUGCGUCAGCUUUCCCCACUUCCGAGGGCUGGGGUCCAACCCUGAGCAGGAAUUUGGUGCUUUAUCCCACUGACAUGUUUGGGCCCCAGUCAAGCAGGACUUUGCCCGAGAUUGUGGCUUCAGUUGUGAAGAAUGCAGAAAACCUUUCCUGGAGUUUUCCGUCUCCAGUGCCUGAGACAGUAGGCUAUGACCUCACUCAACAGCCAUCUCUCCCCCUGGGGGAGGCCACGCAGCUCCCUGAGCAGGCCCUGACAGCCAGUACAGACGUCUAUGCUGAGGUGGCCACCGCUUUGAGUCGAGGUCUAAAAAGCACCGUAUCUCCAUCAGUAUACCCGACCACACCUGUGGUAAACACAGCCCUUGCUUUCAGCAGCCCCACAGAUUCUGCUUUGUUUUCAGCCCCUUUUGUAUUUGUACCCUUUUCUACUCCAUCAGCUGAUGUUUCGGAUCAACGCUUUCUUCUUACCAACUCCAGUGAAAUGUCCAAAUUGCCUGGGAACUCGGUGACCCCCAGUGAUGUGGUCGACAUGCCUGUCCUGAGCCCCACACCUUCACCCGAACUGCACGCGUGGUGUGUGUCCUGCAGUCUGUCUUCACCUCAGCAAGCUCCGUCCUCAAGCUUCCUGGAGAAAGAUGUGGGCUCAGGGGAUGGCCCCGAGACUUUGUGUUUGACCAUAUCGGAAGCGAGCAGCCUCACUCCACUGGGCAGCAUAGCAACAGCUGACUUCUCCGAAUUUGAGGAGAAUCCUCAAGAAUUUAAUACACUUUUCCCCUUAAGACCUGUAGUUUCACUUUCUUCUCUAUCUGUGGAAAUCCUAGAACCGAGCCUUGGUGCCUCAGCUGAGGCAGACAUGAGUAGUGUUGUGUCCACACACGUUUCUCCUCCCCAUGACCACCCGUCUGUCGAAGUAUCACUCGAGACUGCGUCCUUCAGCGUUUCCUCGGUUGUGGAAACUGAAGUCAUGCCAUCCAGCAUAGUAGCUGUGUUUUCCUCAGACCUUGCCAGUGUUUUCCUUGACUCAUCUUUCUCCGUCACAGCAAAUAAAAACACCCAGUCACUUGCUAUCACAGACUCAAACCUUUUCACACCCUAUAGUUUGGUUCCUUCAGUAGCAUCUUCGUUUUUCUCCGACCAAGAACCACCCAGUUUUUCCCAACACAGAACUGAGAGUGUUUUGGAUUUUCCAUCCAGCUUUUUCUCGCCGCCUCCGCCGGAGUUCAGCAGCUUGGUAUCUUCAUCCUCAGAAGUUCUGGCGUCUACAUCUGUGAUGUCGAGUGAUUUGUCGAUGUUUGUUUCUCAGGCGUUUUCUACGUUGGUGGAGGCAUUUACAUCGUCUGCCUCUGUCAGUUGGCAGUCACCUCCAUUUUCUGUCCCUAAUUCCACACACCUUGGAUUUUCCCAGCUCUGGCCAAGUUCAGACCCUCUUUCAAACACAUUCACUUUUCUACCUGGUUACUCUGAAAUGCCACCACUGUCGAGUUUCCCGUCUGAUUCUUUUAAGUUCUCUGAAGCAUCAACGGUUUCGCCGACAGAUUCUGACACUCAUUUUACCUCAGCUUUCACUGAAACUACCUCCUGUCUUGAGUUUUCACUCAUUUCCCAGGAGUCUGCAGUCACCACACUGGCACCCUCUAGUUCUGAGUCUAUCUUUGACCUUGCGAUUGAUGGGACUCUCUUAACAUCACCGUUGACUGCUUCUCAUGCUCCACCCACGUUCACUGAGUCGUCUCUGUUUUGGACUCCCACGCCUCACAAUGAUGACAUUAGCGCUACAGAUCACCCCGUGUCUGUCUUGCCAUCUUUUUCCACCAUCGUUCCUACCAUGACGAUAUCAGUAACAAACGUGUACCUGCCAUCAGCUUCCUCAUUUGUUUCUGAGGCGACCCCCUCAUCUCUCCCCACAGAGCCAAUAUUUGUGGGCACAUCCUUCGUACCCACAGAUUUACCAGUGAACACCUCCACUGAACCCAGCACAUCUAAUUCCAGUGCUGCUACUGUUCACACUGUAGACCCCACCCUCACCCUGAGCAGCAAGACUACAAGUCAGAAUCCCCACAAGGGCCCUACUGCCCCUCCCCUGCUGUCUCUUCCUCCGGGGACCACCACCACUCCCGAUGCUGUGGUUGACACACCAGCGCUGAUCCCCACCAAGCCACCAUAUAUGUGUGAUAUCACAGUUCCUGAUGCCUAUUUGAUCACAGCUGUGCUGGCCCGAAGAGCCGUCCAGGAGUACAUCAUCACGUCCAUCAAAGAGGUGCUGCGCGUCCACUUCAACCGGGCCGUGGAGCUGAAGGUUUAUGAGAUAUUCCCUGACUUCACUUUCCUGGUGACAUCCGGCCCUUUCAUUUACACGGCAAUAUCUGUCAUAAACGUGCUUAUAAGUAGUAAGCUUGUGCGCGACCAGACCCCUUUAAUCCUGUCUGUAAAACCUUCCUUCUCUGUGCCCGACUCCAGGUUCCAAGUCCAAACAGUACUUCAGUUCGUGCCUCAGAGCGUGGACACCGGCUUCUGCAACUUCACCCAGCAUAUCGAGAAAGGCCUGAUGGCCGCGCUGUCGGAAGUGAGGAAGCACCACCCAGGCACCUAUAACCUCACGGUGCAGAUCUUGAAUAUUACCGUGGGGUCUUCAAGGCUGGCUCUCCGGCGGGGCCCAGUGACUAUCAUCUUUGCUGUUAAGACCUCGCAAGGAUUUCUGAACGGGUCUGAAAUAAGCGAGCUGCUCCGGAACCUGAGUGUCGUGGAGUUCAGUUUCUACCUGGGGUACCCCGCGCUGCAGAUUGCCGAGCCCUUCCAGUACCCACAGCUCAACUUGUCGCACCUGCUGAAGUCCUCUUGGGUAAGAACAGUCCUCCUGGGCGUCUUUGAGAAGCAGCUUCAGAAUGAAGUCUUCCAAGCAGAGAUGGAGCGCAAGCUGGCCCAGCUGCUCAGCGAGGUUCUCUCGAGAAGGCGGAUGUGGAGAAGGGCCACCAUGGCCUCAGGGAACAACGUGGUGCAGGUGGUGAACGUGUCCAGGCUGGAGGGAGACGACCACCCAGUACAGCUCAUCUACUUUGUGGAGGAUCGAGACGGAGAAAGACUCAGUGCGGUCAAGUCUUCAGACCUGAUUAACAAGAUUGAUGUCCAGAGAGCUGCCAUCAUCCUGGGUUAUCGGAUCCAAGGCACCAUUGCUCAACCGGUGGACAGAGUGAGGAGGCCGUCCAUGGAGUCACAAAGCAACAACCUCUGGGUCAUCGUGGGCGUGGUCAUCCCGGUGCUCGUGGUCACAGUGAUCCUGGUCAUCCUCUACUGGAAACUCUGCCGCACGGACAAGCUGGACUUCCAGCCUGACACCGUGGCCAACAUUCAGCAGCGCCAGAAGUUGCAGAUUCCUAGUGUGAAGGGCUUUGAUUUUGCCAAGCAGCACCUGGGCCAGCACAAUAAAGAUGACAUAUUGAUCAUCCACGAGCCAGUGCCCCCUCCAGGACCUGUGAAGGACCACACCCCACCCUCCGAGAAUGGAGACGUGCCCAGCCCCCAGGCCAAGGUUCCCACCAAGAGCCUCCGCCACAGAGGAAGAGUUUCUUCCUCGGAUGCCGACUCAACUGUCAGUGAGGAGCCCAGUGAGAGGGAGGUGGGAGACAAGCCCCCCGGAGCAGUCAGCAACGGCAGGCCACCCCGCGGCCCCCAGAGCGGGCCGCCCCCAGCCGGCUCAGGCACCGAGCAGCAUUCCUCGGCUUCCAUCUUUGAGCAUGUGGACAGGAUCUCCCACUCAGCCGAGGCCAGCCGCCGGGUUCCCAGCAAGAUCCAGCUGAUAGCCAUGCAGCCCAUCCCGGCUCCCCCCACCCAGCACCCGGUACCGGGCGACCGAGUGGCGGAAACCAACAAAAUUAACAAGGAGAUUCAGACUGCCCUGCGGCACAAGUCGGAGAUCGAGCAUCAUCGGAACAAGAUCCGGCUCCGUGCCAAGCGCCGCGGGCACUACGAGUUCCCAGUGGUGGACGACCUGUCCUCGGGCGACACCCGGGAGCGCCACCGCGUGUACCGCCGCGCGCAGAUGCAGAUCGACAAGAUCCUGGACCCCACGGCCAGCGUGCCCUCCGUGUUCAUCGAGCCCAGGAAGAGUUCGCGGAUAAAGCGAUCUCCCAAGCCGCGCCGGAAGCACCAGGUCAACGGCUGCCCCGCGGACGCUGAGAAAGACAGGCUCAUUACCACGGACAGUGACGGCACCUACAAGCGGCCCCCCGGCGUGCACAACUCGGCCUACAUCGGGUGCCCGUCUGAUCCUGACCUUCCAGCAGAAGUCCAGACAGCGUCCUCAACUGAGCUGGGGCGGUACCCAGGCUUGCCCUAUCCGGCCUCCCAGUACAUCCCGCCCCAGCCAUCCAUUGAGGAGGCCCGCCAGACCAUGCAUUCCCUCCUGGACGAUGCCUUCGCCCUGGUGGCCCCUAGCAGCCAGCCAGCUGGUGCCUCGGGUGCCAGCCCUGGGCUCCCUGCCGGCCUGCCUGUCAACAGCACCCCUUCCCGGGAAGAAAGGAGAACCACCCAGUGGGGGCCCUUCUACAGCCCGGCUCAGUCGGCCAACAACCCGUGCAGCGUGAGUCCUCUCGUGGGCAAGAGAUACGAAGACUAUGGAAUGACUCCCCCAUCAGGCCCACUGCCAAGGCCUAGCUUUGGCCCCGGUUUGCUACCGGACUUGGGGCCCCCAGAGCCCGUGCAGGCCCAGGCGGAAGCGCCCUUCGCCGCCCGCGGAAUCUUCUCAGAGGACGUGGUGUCAGUGGCCCGGCCCCGGCCUGUCGGGGGCACCACAGGCUCCCAGAUCCAGCACCUCACGCAGGUGGGGAUUGCAAGCGGGAUUGGCAGUCAGCCCGGGGAGGCCCCGCCAGGCCGGGGCGGCCAGUACGGGGGGCCAGGAUGGACCACGCAAGGGGAGGACGAAGCCGGGCGGAGAGAAGCUCCUCACAUGCUCGGACAUCAAGAGUAUUCUUCUCCACCGCUGUUUCAGGUGCCAAGGACUUCGGGCAGGGAGCCAUCCGCCCCGCCCGGGAACCUGGCCCACAGGGCGCCGCAGGGCCCCGGGCUGCCUUACGCCACCAGCCCCGCCGAGGACCUGCAGCCCAGCCACUCCUCCACGUCUCUCAUCAAGGCCAUCCGCGAGGAGCUCCUGCGGCUCUCCCAGAAACAGACCGCCGUGCAGAGCUUCCACAGCUGAUGGCCCCGUCUGCCGCCUAACGCUUCCUGUGGAAGCACGACCCAAGGGGUCAGCUGGGGGGCACUCGG